UUGAUUUGAAGUAAUGGCUCUUUACACGAAGAAGAAGAAUAAGGGUGGCAACCCGCUGUUGAUCAGCGUCACCGUUUUGGGAAGCUCUGGGCCGAUUCGAUUCGUUGUUAACGAGGAACAACUUGUUGCCGCUGUUAUCGAUACUGCUUUGAAAUCUUACGCUCGUGAGGGUCGGCUACCUGUUCUUGGAUCGGACCUCAAUGGCUUCCUCCUGUACUGCCCUGAAGUUGAAUCAGAUGCAUUGAGUCCAUGGGAGAGAAUUGGAUCAGUAGGUGAAAGGAAGUUCUCGUUAUGCAAGAAGCCAAAGAGUGAUGGAAUGGAAGGCAAUAAUGGAAGAAGGUCAAGUGAAGCAAUUUAUAGGAAAGGAACUUCUGGGAUUUGGAAGGCAUGGAUUCGUAAAUCCCUCACUCUUAAAAUUUCUUCCCAUUAA